AUGCCCAGUUAUGACAAAACCAACGAUGCAGUCCCUGACAACCCCACCUCCCAAAUGACCCGCGGGCAAGUCGAAGCCGAGAUAGUCAGCGUCUCAGCCCACAUCGAGAAACUCAAAAUAGCCCGUGAGUACAAGCCCGAAUCCGAAUUGAUUCACGGCAGCAGUGCAAAAGCAAUGGUAGUGCGAAAGCUCACGGAACGUCGAUAUCGAAUCGAGGCGCUCAAGAAACGCAUCCAAACGUUGGAUGAAUGGGAUCGUGCUGUCUUUGAGCAGAAUGUGGGACAAGGUUCGACGAGCCGAAACAGAUCGUCGCAGUCGCCAUCGGGCUCACGAGCUCCGAAUACUUCAACUCGUCGUUAA